UUAUAAUAAAUAAACGUGUUUUACUUCCAUUUUGAAUAAAUCGUUAACGGAGCUAAUAAACAUAUUAUCAAUUAAUUCUUAAGAAUUGCAUAUCUUUUAACAAUGAAUCAUUUUUUUGUGUUUUCACUUUGCAUAAUUCUGAUACAAAAUUCAACUAAACAACAUUAUAUACAGCCGCCUCAUCAUUGUCUCUUAGCAACAAUUUGCAACCACACUGGUACACCUCUGUGUGGGAUUGAGAAAGACCAAGUACACAAACAAAUGUUUUUAGAUGAAUGCGAUAUGUUUGAGUACAAUUGUGACAAUCACAAAGCUUAUUUGAAAACUGAUCAAUCGGAUUGUACAUUGAAAGAAACUAAAAGUGUCGUGACAUCGACAAUUAACACAAAAGAAAUAUCACCUUCGGUAACUGCUGAAAGUUUAAAUCUAACAACGCAUAACAUUGCGACGGUUAACCUAUCAACACCAACAAUACCUUCAGCCUCGGAAAUUCCAACCACAAUAAUAAUAACAAGCAUUAAGUCUUCUUCAAGACAAACAAAAAUUAAGAAUAUAACUAAAAUAACUACGUCUACAUUUAAUGCAACUAAAAUAAGUACAGAGUUAACAACAACACCUAUUUCAACAGUUGUUAUUGAUUCAAAUUGCACACGUUCGAAUGUAAACAAGACUACAAAUUUAAAAAUGACCAAAGCUAUAACAAAAAACUUGACUAAACCAAUGAGCACUAUGUUAUCAACGCAGUCACUAACGCCUGAUUCUUCCUUGUUAAAAACGGAUACUACAAAACAGUCAAAAACAGAAAUGAUUAGUACAUUAUCAAAUUUGACGAAAAGCGAACCAAAUUUAAGUACAUCUGUCGUUAAUACUUCAGACGCCAUUACAACAAUAACGACAGAAUAUAAAGAACUUAAUGAGAAUACAAUUGGAGAAGACGUGACACCUUCGACCCCAGAUGUUUGUAGAACGUAUCCUAAGUAUUGUGAUAGACCACGUACUUGGGAGACAACUGUCAAAGGUGAAACGAGGGAUUUCUUUCAAAUUUUAAAAGCUCGGUUCGGCAGUCGAGUAAGACUUUUAAAAGACACAACGCAUUUUCCACAGCACUUAAAUAUAAGUAUAAAUGAUUUGCGGAUAAGUUUGAAUGAAGACAAUGAGUCGUUUCAUUACGGCGCACAUAAUGAAGGCUAAGAGAUUUUGCGCAAAGUUUAUUUUAAGG